ACACUCAGCUUCGACAGGACUCAUCAGCAUCACUGAUAUUAAGUUAUGAUUUGAAUUAUUUUAAAAAAUCUUUAUUAUUGUUUCAGUUUCUGAGGAUAAAUUCUGGCGGAGCGCUUUUCCAGUUAUUGAUUUGCCCUUCAGUGUCCGGAGUGAGGAUCUCAUUUGAAGAAGACGCCUGCAUAUGAAGAUUAAACUGGAUUUUUAUUGAAGAUCUUUUCCUCUCACUGUUUUUAUCCAUCACUGAGAGAUCAGAUGAUGGUUUGUGCGUCAGGAGCUGCUGGAAUUAAGAGAAGCGGUUGUUUUACAUGCGGGUGUUAAUGACCUGUAAACACCUCUAAUCACUGUCUCUGUGGAGGAAAAAUGGAGAACUACACGAUGUGGAGUAAUUUCACCCAAGUUCUGUCGGAGCUGGACGGGACAGGCGGCGAGGAAGAGGAGGACGACGACGAGGACGGCGGGAGCGGUGCAGGCAGCGGAGGACUGCGCGUCCUCGUCGGCUGCGUCCUCUUCCUGCUCAUCGUGUCCACGCUGCUCGGGAACACGCUGGUGUGCGCCGCCGUGGUCAGGUUCCGCCACCUGCGCUCCAAAGUCACCAACUUCUUCGUCAUCUCUCUGGCCGUGUCUGACCUCUUCGUGGCCGUGCUGGUGAUGCCAUGGGAGGCCAUCACUGAGGUGACCGGCACGUGGCUGUUCGGACGCUUUUGUGGGGUCUGGAUCGCCUUUGACAUCAUGUGCUCCACAGCCUCCAUCUUGAACCUGUGCAUAAUCAGUGUGGACCGCUACUGGGCCAUCGCCAGCCCCUUCAAGUAUGAGCGGAAGAUGACUCACCGGGUGGCGUUUGUCAUGAUCGGGGUGGCGUGGUCGCUGUCCAUCCUGAUUUCCUUCAUCCCAGUGCAGCUCAACUGGCACCAGGUUGGGGAGGAGGAGGAAGAGGUGAUGGAGGAGGUGAUGGACAUGAUGGCCGCCAGUGGCAGGAACUUCACAAACAGCAGCAACCUCAACCUCAACACCAGCGCCGUCGCUAAAAGCUGUGUCGCCAACUUGAACAAAACCUACGCCAUCUCCUCCUCCCUCAUCAGCUUCUACAUCCCGGUGGUGAUCAUGAUCGCCACCUACACCCGGAUCUACAGGAUUGCUCAGACCCAAAUCCGUCGGAUCACAUCUCUGGAGCGGGCGGCGGAGCAGGCGCAGAACCAAGGUCACGGCAUGAACCGAAACCAGCAGCAGCAGCAUCGACCCAACGAUGAAGCCUCACUGAAGUCGUCGUUCAAGAAGGAAACCAAAGUCUUGAAGACGCUCUCCAUCAUCAUGGGGGUGUUUGUCUUCUGCUGGCUGCCGUUCUUCGUCCUCAACUGCACGGUCCCGUUCUGUGACCCGCCCUGUGUCAGCGACACCACCUUCACCGUCUUCGUCUGGUUCGGCUGGGCCAACUCCUCCCUCAACCCGGUCAUUUACGCAUUCAACGCAGACUUCCGCCGGGCCUUCGCCACCAUCCUGGGCUGCAACCAAAUGUGCUCCAACAACACGGUGGAGGCUGUGAACUUCAGCGACGAGCUUGUGUCUUACCACCAUGACACCACGCUCCACAAGGAGGCGCUGGUCCCUGCGCAGCCACAGCAGCAUCCUUGCACCAUUAACGUCGGGUCCGACCACCUGGAGGACAUGAGCGCACAGUUUGAUGAGGAGUCGAUCAUCUCCAAUGGUUCCCAGAGCAACAACAGGCUGCUGCUGCUUCCUGCCACUGUCCAGUUUGAGGAUGACCCUGAGAUCUCCUUGGAAACAAUCACGCCGUUCACCUCAGCGGCGGGACUUGAGAGUGAUGCUCUAAUACCAGGUCAAGUCCACCGGGAUGGAUAAGACAGAAACUGCAUUGAGCUAACUGACGGCCAUAACUAAACAGGAAGUUAGGCUGUGUUGCCUUAAAAAUAAAAGCAUAAACUUCGAUCAAACUAUGAUCAAACUUAUCCUCCAAAACGCCUGCUGUUGAUUAAUUCCAAAUAACGUAGGACUCUGAGGAAUUUAUAACCCAACUACACAACACCAGAGAGACUUGACUGUACAGGCUAAGCUUCAGAUAAAAUGCCAAUAUCAGAGUGUGUUGAUUGUUUGUGUUUUCACUUGUUUAACCUGGAGCAGAU